UAUAUACUGGGAUUACACUGAGGACGCUGAGAACAAUAACGUGUACUUCUUGGGACGACUAAGAUUCAACUACACAUGCCCGUGCACGAAGAAAAGUUUAUAAGCGAGGAUGGAAAAUUAUUAUUCGUGGGACAUUCCUUUGGCUCUGGGAUCUUUUUUAGGAAUUUUUAAUUUCAUUUUUGAAAUUUGAAUUUUGACCGCCUAAAUCCUUUAAAUCAACGUAUACCCAAUUUUUUAAUAAAGAUUUAUGCCAAAUGGAUAAAAAUUUUAUUAAAUUAUAUAGUUUGGUCUUAUUAACAACUAAAAUAGCAGUGGAAACUUUAACUACAUGGUAAUAUAAAAUAUAUGUAAGUGUAGUAUGCGAACGCCCCUCCGUUCGGACGUCGACGCCGUAUCCUACGCCGACGCCGACGUUUUUACCACAAGUAUGCGCGUACCAAAAACAUAACCAUCCCGACUUCCAGACCAAAUAUACCAUGUAGCGCCCCAGGCAUUGUUCCGAGGCUGAAACAGUUUGAAAAUCUUCCGUAAUGUACAACAUUGCCGAAACGAAUCUGAAGGAUGGACUUAAGCGCUUGUACGAACUGGCUGUGCGCGAAACGCCAACCGAAUGGCAUACCGCCGAGUGCCCCCCAGGACUACCAAUCGGUAGUAACGUCCGGUCCUGGACCGAGUCCUGGCAGUUCAAGUUCCUGCGAUGACGUAGUGCCGCCGCAAAAGAAUUGUUUUAGGUUAGUUAUAUUAGGAUCGGCUAGAGUAGGAAAAACAUGCCUUGUAGCGAGAUUUUUGGGUGGUAAGUUUCAGGAAUGCUAUACACCAACAAUCGAAGACUUCCACAGAAAAUUAUAUAGAAUUAGAGGAGAAAUAUACCAGUUAGAUAUAUUAGAUACUUCGGGCAAUCAUCCGUUUCCCGCUAUGAGGAGGUUAUCGUUUUUAACAGGAGAUUUAUUUGUGAUCGUAUUCAGCAUGGAUAGUCGGGAAACUUUUGAAGAAGCAAUAAGACUACGGGAACAAAUCAUAGAAACUAAAGUGAACGCGGGAACAUCUUCUACCGGAGUCGGUCUGACAAGGAAAAAGACUUUGCCUCGCGUGCCUAUGGUGCUGGCGGGCAAUAAGUGCGAUAAAGAAAUGAGGACUGUGACAGUAGAAGAAGCCCAAGCGUUCUGCGAUAGCCAAGAUUCGAGUUGUGCCUUUGUAGAAACAUCGGCCAAGAAAAACUUCAAAGUAGACGAAGUCUUCUAUCAGUUAUUUUUAGUAGCCAAUCUCCCCCUAGAGAUGGCGCCCAACCAUCACAAGAGGGUCAGCGCCAGUUUCGGUUCCCCCUGUCCUCUACCACCCUCAGUACCGAGUCAUCACAGCAAGAAGUACCAUUUGUCGGUGAAGCGGAGACUCAGUGAUGCUUGUGGAGUGGUGACGCCCAACGUGAGACGGCCCAGUAUAAGAACCGAUUUGAUGAUUAUGAGGACUAAGACUAAUAGUUUGGGGGAGACGCCGGGGACGUCAAAUAAUUCACCUAUUAGGUGGAGGAGGGUUGAUAACGGGUGUGUUUUGCAGUAAAAUAGUUUGGGUUUUUAGUCAGUGAAAUUGUCUCUUGUGCUGGU